AUGGCUACGCUGCCGGUCGGUGCUUGCUUGCUUGGUAUCAGUAUGGCCGGCCAGGUCGUCACUUGCAGUUUUAGUCCGACGCAAGGGCCUGGCGUGUCACUGGGAGCUCCAAAGUUCGAACUUCGAAUACGCAACUGCGGUACGGGAGCGGGCGAAUCGUGGAUACGCAUCAUAGAUUCCGACUACUGGUUGGCUGGCUGGGUACAACGUCAUGUCACGGCUCCUAGCGAGUCGGAGUCGCAGUCGGAGUCGGGCGUCGUUGGUAGCAACCACUUGGUGUCUCUGGACUUGCAUCUUCAACCGUUUGUGUCGCUGUUCGGUUCGUAA